GAAAUUUUUCAACAUAUUUGUUUUUCAUUAAAAUAGGUAAAGAACACCUAGGCUUAAAUUUGGUAUUGUCUUCCUGCCAUGUGGACUUGCACCAGACAUCAUCCUGCAGCAAUGGAACCUGUAGUCACGCUUUAGUGCACUACAUGGCUGUGUCAGAUUUUUCCCGAGAUGGAGACAGAGUUUCGAGCAUUGUAGUGCAGCCUAUAGUUAAUGAGGACUUCCUGUGGAACAGCUACAUUCCAGACAGCAUUCAGAUCAGAGUCAAGGAUGUCCCAACUGCCUACUGCUAUUCAUUUACUGACCCACAUAUAAUUACUUUUGAUGGCAGGAUUUAUGAUAAUUUCAAGACGGGAACAUUUGUGCUUUAUAAGAGUAUGUCACGUGAUUUUGAAAUCCAUGUACGUCAGUGGGACUGCGGAAGCCUUCACUAUCCUGUGUCUUGUAACUGCGGAUUUGUUGCCAAAGAAGAAGGCAAUAUGGUUACUUUUGAUAUGUGCAGUGGUCAAUUACAUGAAUCACAACCAUAUUUAUAUGUGAAGAGCCAAGAUGCAUCCAGCAGUAUCAAGAUAAGUGAAUCUUACUUGGGAAGAAAAGUCACAAUCUGGUUUUCUUCUGGAGUGUUCAUCCGUGCUGACCUUAGUGAAUGGGGCAUGAGUCUCACAAUCAGAGCCUCUAGUUCAGAUUACAGAAACACUUUGGGUCUUUGUGGCACCUUUGAUGAAAAUCCAGAAAAUGAUUUCCAUGAUAGCAAUGGAAUCAAGAUUGACGAAAGUAUUAAUAAUUGCAUUGCUUUUAUUAAUGAAUGGAGGAUUAUAGCAGGAAGAAGCAUGUUCGACACAAUGCCGGCUGCUCAGGCCUUUCCUGGAAAGACAUCCUACUGCAGCUGCUCAUUGGGUUCGGCCCCCGAGGACCCAUUUUCUAAUCAUGUGAACAGUGCUUCUCAGUCAGAAAUCAGUUCAGGUUGCAACGACCUUCCACAUGUCAAAUUCACCUCUUUGAUUCCAGGACUUGAUGUCACCUCUGAAUACAUCAAUUCAGAAGCUCCAGCCAAAGGGAUAAAUAAUCAGACGUCCCAAGAGGAGAAUAAUUUUAAUUUCUUCCUGCAAGAAAACAAGUCUGCAAACCUAACCAAACUGGACAUAAAUUUGCACCAUCCUGGGAAUGAAAAACAAGAUGCAACAGAAUAUCUGGACGACCACAGACACACAUGGGACCAGGGUAGCCAGGCCCAAGAAACAAGUUGGAAUCCACAAAACAGAUGGAAACGACAAAACUUUAAUGAAUUCCUUUCUUUGAUUGCUUUUCAAAGUCUCGGCCAAACCAACCUUGAAGACUUUGCUUAUUUUUUCCCUGAGGACCAUGCUGAGAACAUCCACCAAGAGUUUGUCCCCUCGUGGCCCACACCCUCUGGCCUUACUGAAUACAGAACCAUGGUCCUCUGUCAGCAGACUCUAGCCAACUCAAGCAUAGGAAGACUCUGUCUUGACUUUCUUGGCAAGAGAUUAGACCACGUUAUUGAUAUGUGUGUUAAGGACAUUCUGUUAAAAGAUGAUGUUAGGUGGGCAGAAGCAGGUGUAGCCCUUUUGGAAAAUGAAUGUGAAAAGAGGAUGUUGGAAGAGGGGGAAUACAACACCGGAGAGUAUAACAAGUCAGUUGAAGACACUCUCUUGGUAUUACGGUGCCCCAGUUUAUGCAGUGGCAACGGGCAGUGUAUGGAAUGGGGCUGUGCGUGUUCCCCUGGCUUUAGUUCCUAUGAUUGCAGAGAUUUGUAUGACAAAGCUCCUGAAAUUACAGAGCUUGAGAAUGCUGGAUUCUGUGAUGUUCAAAAAUAUAACUGUGUGAUGGUGAAAGUUUUUGGCCAAGGCUUCAAAGAAUCAUCUUCCAUUAAGUGUGAAGUUACUAAAUUGCAG